UGGUUGUUGGGUUUUGUGUCCACUGCGGCCCAUUCAUAAAGCCACCCCGAAUCAAAAAGUAAAAAAAAAAGCAUAAAGAAAAGUUUGUAAAACUUCCCAAAGAAUUGGCUUUUUUCUAAUUCCUUUCUAAUAAAGGUGUGCAGCAAAUAUGCAAUUGCGUGAGUAUUGAAAUAAAAUGUCAAAUAGUGUGUUUAGUGAAUCGGCAGAGCUUCCACAAGAAAAUCACAAAUACACUGCACAAAAAAUUAAGCAAAAGUUCCUUGGUGGAGGUGUUGGGGAUCUCCCACGAGCGAAAAAAAUAACAGCAUUGGAGGAUGCAGAAGCUGACAUUUUAGAAAAGAAACGCGAGGAAUUGCAAAAGGAGCUGGAAAAGCAACUAAAAAUGGAGUCUCAGGCAAAGAAGUCAUCGAAGGAUUUAAUGAAGAAGCAUAAAAGAGCACCACGUCGCUCUACUACAUCCGAUAGUAGUAGUAGCAGUUCCGAUUCAAGUAGCGGUAGGAAAAAUUCGAGCAGCGAUGAUGACUCUUCUUCUUCAUCCAGCUCUUCGUCCCGAGAUUCGCGGAAGAAGAUGCUCAAACGGAAUAUAAAGAGACGUCGGGAUUCAAGUAGCUCAUCAGACGAUCAUCCGCCUACAAAGAAAAAAACUACAAGUCGAAAAUACUAUCAGGCUAAGAAAUUAGCCGUAAAGGCUCAUGCGAAGAAGACGUCAUCUCUCAAGAAUCACAGCUCAAGAGCUAUUACACCACUCUCAUUGGGCGGGAAGCGUAGUACUUCUCCCCUAAAGACCAGCCAGAAAGUUCAACCGAAAAAGGCUCUGAUGAAAGAGAAGCAUCAUGGGCUACUCAUGAAAGAUCGUUCACGUGAUACGAAGGAUCGUGAAUUGCACCGAGAAAAAGAUAAAAUACGGAUGCAUUCGAAAGAUCGUGUAAGAAGUAGAAGUCCCGUGAAGUUGCGUGGAAAAUCUCGUAGUCCUCGAAGGAAUUCGCGUGAAAUGAAGCGCAAGAGUCACGAGAAACGGUUAAGUCCAUCGAAGGUGAGGGGUGUUCUACGACGUGAUCGUAGUAUUGAUCGUGCUGUAAAGGAACCACGACGGCAUGAGCCAACAUCAUUGGUCAAAGAACGUGAACGUCGUGAUAAGGAACGUGCCGACAGGGAAGCAGCUAGAAAUAAGGAAAGAGCCGAAGCUUUGGCACGAUGUCAGGAGAGGCAGCGGGAACGUGAACGUUUAGCAAAAGAGAAGGAAAUAUCUGAUAGGGAGAAGACAGAAAGAGGAAAACAUGGGGAUCGUUUGCUCCCUCGUCCAGCAGAGAGGGCAAUGGCACUCGCAGCCAGUAGGGGUGAAAGUCACGAGAAAGGUGAGCGAGAGCGUCCUCGUUCACAUGGUCGCAGUAAUCUUCGGGCAGGAGAUUUUAGUGAUCGCACAUCAUACGAUGGACGUCCAGGCGGUGAUCGACGUUACCAUGAUUCACCAACAUUGCGACGUGAUCGUGAAGAAAGGCACGUGGAUAGAAGUCGUGAGCAUGAGUAUAUGAUUGUGAAAAAUCGUUCUGAUGGGCGUAUGGAUGCAAGAACAUCCCUCGGGUACGAUAGCACGCGUCGGGGCGCACGGGAGGAUCAUGAAAUGUACAGCGAUGCUCCAGUAGAGGGUAGAUAUGAGACUCACGAUGAUCGUCAUAUGUCACACGAUUACACAUCUACCCGUGGACAAUAUGGAUCUGGGCAGAUGCACAGAGAUCACGAGUGGGAGCGUGGAAUGGAUCAGGGCAGAGAUAGAAUGUAUGAUCGUCAAACGGAUCUCGUUCAGUCCAAUCGGCCACCAUUGCAAAAUGAAUGGGAGCGCAAUGAAAUGAACAUGUCAGGGGUAUCUGGUGCAAUGAAUCGCACUGGUGAUUCAUACGCAGAGGGUGGAGAGUGGAAAAUGAAUGAGCGUCAAUGGGAAGAUCCGGGAGUUGGGAAGCCAGUGGGAAAUUGGCAAGGUGGUAUGAAGGAUGAAUCUUGGGAAGGCUAUCAAGAUCGCGACACCUGGAUUGAUCGACAGAGGGAUGCACCGGAGGGUGGUAGGAGAUGGCAAGGGCGUCGGACAAGCCAUCAAAUGAUGCCCUCAGGCGAUAACGAUGGUCGUGCUGAAUCCUAUCGUCGUCCGACACAUGGACACUCACAUAUGUCUCAAAUGCAAAAUGAUCACAUAAAUCCCAUGGGAGGUAAUCCCUCUGGAGGAUUUCAUCACAAUCAAGGUAUUCGUCAUAUUCAGCAAUCUCAUUCGGGAUCAUCAGACAUGAUUGUAGGGAUGGGCGUUAAAGACUAUGGAAGUCAAAUAUCAACCCAAACACACUAUACGCAACAGAAUCAAGUCCCUAUGCAGAGUCCUCUAAAGCGUCCUAGGAUGAGUGAAGAAACUGGUGGAAUGAUGUCCGGAAUGGGGCAACGUGUAGUAGAUCAAAAUCCCCCCUUAUUGGAUACAUCUACACGAAAAUUGGGCAAAAUUUCCAACAUUUCCGAAGAAGCAAUUGAGGAUAACUUGAGCGAAAUCAGUGAUGAUGCGGAUGAUAUUUUGAAUAGUGUGGAAAAUAUCACGGAAUUUAAAAAUGAAGAGAACCAAGAAGCAGGAAUUGCGGAAACAAGAAAAGUAAGUGAAGGACCAAAGAAUGCUCCGGAAUCUUUGGAUGAGAGUAAGGAUGAUGGUGGUGAAAAGAUUAUAAAGGACAUACAGGAUGACUUCAAUUUGGGAUUUGAAGAGAUAUCUGAUGGUGAAUUGGAGGAAGAGGCACGCGUUAAAGGUCUCGGGGAUGCUUUGGGUGUUGAUUGGACUAGUUUGGUUACAGAGAGUCGCGCAAGAGAUCAAGCAAAUCAAAGUGAUGCAACUUCCGUGCGACAAAAGUGGAAGCAUCAUGAGAUUUUACUGAAUUUGGGUAUUUCCACGAAAAUGGCAGGGAAGGAGUUUACGCAGGCACUAUUGGAGCGAGCUAAACAAGCAGCUCGAGAGGAGAGGGGCGGAGACAAAGGGGUGGAAAAGAAUGGGAAUGGGGGGAAGGAAUUGGGAGAAAAUGAGACAAAUCAGACGCAUAGUGAAGUAAUUCCGCAUCAUGUGGCAGAUGUUCAAGUGGCACAAAGGAAGGCUAAAGACAGGAGAACUCGUCUCAUAUCGCAAGCACCAGGAUGCUUUAGUCGAGCACUCAAUGCACGCAGAGAUUUGCAAAUUCGACGACAAUUGUGUGGUUUUCCCAUACAAGAGGUACAUUAUUGUUCUGUGAAUCCAGAAUUGAAUGUUCUUGCUGUUCAACUAUUUAAAAAGGCAACGUCCUUAGCAAUAUAGUAAUUCAAAUUGAUAUAUAAUUUUAUUCAUCUGUAAAGAUGUUUUUUUUUUAAUAAAUAAUUCAUUUAAAUAAUACUAUUGUACGGAAACCUUGAUAUGUAUAAUAAAUAAAUAAAGUCUUAAUUGGCAAAUAA